AACGCGUAUAAAAUCAAGCGUUCACUUGUAACAACUUUUCAGUCUAAUUUCCUACGUGAUCGCGAGUAGACACACGUUUCUUUCUUCGGAGUGUAGAGUUUAGUAUAGACAGGAUGGUUUAAAUGCUGUUGUAGUGUGUUGAUAAAAUAAUACCAGACGGAUACGUAAAAAGUGACAUUUCAAUACAAGUAAAACAUCCAAACCAAGAAACUAAACAACAUGGCCAGCAGUGCUAGACGGAAAGUCAAGGCUAAGUUGCAGGUUAGCGUGGUUGUCAUUCUUUUCCUUGGAACUUUGCUUGGAGAAAGUGUGAAAGGAAGUGAAGAUGAGCAGCCGGUCAUCAGUUACAUCAAUCGUGAGGCAGCGGGAAAGAAAAUUUUACCCGAUUUUGCAUCGGUUCAACUAGGCGACAGUGUUCCCGAGCAGUAUCGCGCAGCGGCAAACAGAUUCGCACAACUGUGGAAGGAACACGUGACCGGAAUCAAAGGAUACGAUACAGUUAAAGACAUACCUUUUACGCUCAUAGUACCGGACAAAAUUAACGAAAGCCUAUUCGACGGCAAUGAACCCAAAAUACGAGAAUUCUUGCUCGAGCACGUAGUUCCCGGGGCGCUGGUGGAGGUGAAAGAUCAAAAUACUUACCUUAAUUUAAACCAGCAUCCUGUUCAUGUGAAUCUGUCCUGCUUUGACAUGCUCAUGGCGUACGAGAUAAACCAAAGCGCUAAAGUACUCACCAAGCGCAAUAUUACCGAGAAUCUUAGUCUGGUGUUUAUUGUCGGCAAUUUGACAGAGUCGGAUGUUCACAGCUCCUCCAUAAAUAAGUUUAAUAAACGAAACAUCCAGGAAACAAACCGCUAUAACGAACCGCAACGAUUGGAAAUGAAAAAUUUUACCAAGGAGCUUGCGUCAGGCAAAGAGAAUCGAAUUGGACAACAUUUAAUGAACUUCCUAGCCGGCAUGAAGUCGGGAACCAAAGUCUUCCAGCACUUUCUCUCUAGCUCCAACCUUAGCCAUCUUAUGGACGACAGCUCCUAUAUGGUUUUCAUCCCAUCCGAUACGGCCUUCCAGCGAUGGCACCCGAUAGACUGGGGCUUUUAUCCCUUCAGCGUUCAAGAGUUUACUGAAACUGUUCUGCGAAAUCACUUUGUACGUACAAAGCAACCCCUGCGCAUGGCGGAUCUACGGACAAUCCAGGGAGAACAGAGGUUCAAAACUCUUGGCGGAGAGUACAUUGUACUUAAGAAUAAACCAUCACCAAAUGUGAAUAAUGUUUCCGUAAUAUCGGACUACACGCUUUCGAAUGGCAUCGAAAUUUUUGUAAUAUCCGAAGUUCUCUUCGUUUCCGAGGCUGUGGUAUCACGAUUACAUCAGAUGCACAAAGACAAAGAAACACCACCACUGUUGGCUUUCCCUUGGUUUGGAGCUCAGUUUUUAUCACAUUCCUUCCUGGCACUGGAACGCGACACACGGUUCACUCAAAUCACCCGGUUUCUCAACACUGCCGAAAUUGCACAGUUCAUUUCUGGCUCAAAUUAUACUUUCUUCGUCCCAACUGAUGAAGCGUUCGAACGCUACAGCUUUGAUCUACUUCCGGACAGCGUGCUAGCCUCAGAAAAGGGCAUCAAGAUGCUGCUGAACCAUUUCAUUCGCGGCCGGUUAUACGAUCGCGAUCUAAAGGAUGGAGAGGUGAUUGACACGAUUGGAGGAAUGCCUGUCAAGAUACAACGCACGUUCGAAAACACGGUGCGUGUCAAUUCGGCCCGUAUUGUAGAGUCAGAAGUAUUUGUCUACAAUCUGGGAACGAUGUUUUACAUCGAUGACGUGCUCUAUCCGGAUCUUCUAAAGGAUGAAGUUAAAGCGAUCACAGAUUUAAAAAAUGUGGACCGCAAUGUGCCAGAUGGUAUUGGUGCUAGUGAUGCAUACACAACGGAACAAAACCCUCCAAUGACCGAUCGAUCGACAACCACCACCUUCCGAUCGCUCUACGGAUUGCUAACGACCAAUGCCGAUGUGGAGUUGGUACCAUUGGAAGUUACUGAAUCCAGCAAACGCAACAGUGACGAAGAUAGUGCUCAGUUUCAGGACGAUGAAAUCAUUACGCCCAAAGCGCUGCCCGUAAGAUAUUUUUACAACCCCAAGAAGUAACGUGCAUCGACGUGCAUUACAUAUCAAUUUGUGCACUCAGAACACGAUUGUAAUGAGCCUUGAGCGAAACUAUAUUUAUCCUCACGAAUUGUAGAAUAUGCUGUAACUGUAACACUAUGUGGCAUAUCCGCCAAGAAGGAGUCGCUGCCUCACAGCCGGACAGUUGGUAUAAUUCAUUUUAGAUUCCAUUCAUUUGCCAUACACCAAUUGAAAAGUGCAUAGGAGCCUUUUAGUGAUGUUUAUUGUAGAAAACUUUCAACAAAGCAGCAUUAAUUCGAUUGCUGUCUAUAAAUGCCAUUACCAAUACGUUUAAAGAGCAAUGUAGGUUAAAAGACCAGUAAACAUUUUUUUUUUUAAUUCAGAUAAUUGUGUUACUAUUCAAAGGAAAAAAUUGAACAGGCCUACCAAAAACCCCCUCAUAAAUGAGGUAUGACAAUGAAUAUGAUAAUGUGAAGCAAAAAAAACAGAACAAUAAUGUGCUAUCUAGGCAAAAUUGUGCAUCAGCGGAGACAACGUAUACCACUCUCUAACAAGUAUUGCUACUCUAUAACUGGUUACUGUUUUCAAGAUUUCUACUGGUAAACAUAGAAUAACCAACUGCAUCAUCUUGGAUACAGCAGCAUAGACAUUCCGAGGACUUCACAUUCAGGUAGGUACUAAGUACAGGCAUCUCAUUAAGCUAAGUGUAAAGACGUUGUUUAAUUUUGCAUAUGAUUUGGAAGUAGCUUCGCUUACUGCUAUUUUUUUUGUCUUUAUUUCUGGGUUUUCCAUUUUGUCUCAUUUUGUUUCGACAUUUCAUAAAUAUAUGCGAAAUAGCUGGUCUGCGUUACACAUUGCAAACAUAUCAAACAAUAUGUUACGGAAUAUCAAUUUCAAUCAAGGCGUAUCAUGCCAAUUUUAUCUGUCUCAAACAGCUGAUUUAACUCGCUCAACCAAUUUUUGUUAUUUUAUACGUGUAUAAAACAUUGAAAAAAAAAGUGUUAAUAAACUUUUAAAAACAUA